AUUCCAAAGAUUGAGUUAGGCGAUAAGAAAAAUAGGAAAAUAGGUGUAUUUCGCAAACCAAAGAAAAAAAUGACACAAUUUGACCUCCAACCCGGUAUCUUGUAGCGGUCGACCCGGCGAGUGCGUACGACCCUUUUUUCUCACCGGGUCAGGGUUAAAUUGGGUCGACCCGCGGGUUGACAACCUCGCUCGUUCUGUUUGGCGUUUCCCCUUCGAUGGCGGCUUCGCCGUCGGCUGAGGCCCCAGCGAGGAGGCUCCUCCGGUGAGCAACACUUGGGCUUCGCUUUUCUCGGUUGAUCCGGCGAAUAGGAUGAAGUUCCGCUCUCCUGAGCGGAAGAAUGAUGGUUUUCGGCUUCCGCAAGAGGUUAAACAAAGAGGAGAAGAACGAUGGAAGGAUAGCCUUAUUGCUCAAUUUAUGGGUGCCCCGCCGAAGCCAGUGGCGCUUCAACAGUGGGCUACUAGUCUCUAGGGGAGGCUAAGCCAGUUUGAGUCUCCAAAUUCAGUCCUCAUCUGAUGGUUUUCCAAUUUCCCUCGGCAUCCACAAGUCGGUGGGUUUUUCGAUCAGGACCUUGGCAUUUCCAAGGAAAUCAUGUGUUCUUUAGGAAGUGGUCGCCGGGUAUUCAGCCAGUUCAGCCGGAGAUAGAGACUCUUCCGAUUUAGGUAAAGAUCUGGGGGAUUCCCCUUGAAUAUCAUUCGUUUGAAGGGCAUGAGUGGAUUGCUAGUACGAUUGGUUGGCCGUUGUGGAUGGAUCAAUCGACUCGGCUGGGAGGGCAGUUAGGGUUUGCAAAGGUGUGUCUGGACCUAGCUGCGGGCUGUGGGUUUCCAGAGAGGGUGAAGCUUUACCCUAAUGAGGAUCCAUCGUUCGAAGUGGAGGUUGAAUAUCUGAACAAACCAAUAGUAUGUACGCGUUGUGAGAUCUAUGGCCAUGACUGUGAUUGGCGCAGUAAGCAAGGAAAGAAAUGGGUGCCUAAGAGGAAGGUUGAGGAAGAAGUGGCGGUUGAGGAAGAGGUGAGUCUUGAGGAAGCUGUAUCCAGGUUUAAGGAUGUUUAUACCCAUGAGGGUAAUCAGCCUGAUCACUCUAAGAGUCCUGGGAAUGUCUCAAGCUCGACAGGUGCUCAGGGAAUCUCUCUCUCUCUCCACAUCAAAUGGGAGCUCAGCAAUGAGUUUCUUGGAAGCGAUGAAAGGGUCAUCAGAGGUUCCUGGGAGCUCUCAAACCAUUCCGCAAUUGUCUGUUUUAGUUAGCUCACCAGAUUCCUCUAGGAGGUUAACUCAGCAAUCAACUCCUGUUGGGAAAGAGAACAAUCCGUGGAUUACAGUAAGAGUCAGAGGUCAAAGAAAAACCUGCUCCACCACUUGUUCCCCCUGCUAAGAGGGGGGGGGGGGAAGGAGGGAAGAAGCGAUGAAGAUUUUGGUUUGGAAUACACGAGGUUUUAAAGA